AUGGGUCCACGAUACAGAAAUCAGGGAUCAAACCGUCUCACAAAGGCCGCGCAAGGCGAUGGUAAAAAGAUCAAACAUAAUAAAUCCCUUAAAAAUAAGGUCAGGGACGUACAGAGACUGCUUAAAAAGGUGAGACAACUCGAAUAUUCGAACAAAUACAUUCUAGCUGUUAUUUGCAGCGUGUUCAUUAAUUUGUUCGUCAGCUGUUUGAGGUAGUUUUGUUCAGCAGAGUUCAGCAUUAAGAGAAAUCGCUAAGCCUUAAUUUUCCGCAGAGGGCCCUGGAAAAAAAAAGAGAGAAACUAAAAGCUCGUUGCAGUUACGUUCUGUCUUCUGUACUGUUCCAGUGAUCUUGUUUCUUCUCGUACAUUAAGUUAGUGCCUUAUAUCACGAGAUUGUAAGAUGAAUUGAGACGCAAAAAAAGCUCACGGUCGCUGCAGUCACAGCAGUAAACUUGUAUGCUUUAUCAUUCUCCAUACUGUUCACUAUGCAUUCGACAAGGAGGUUUGACAAGUACUGACAAGUUUAAUGAUCAUUUUCUUAAUUCUCAUGACCGAAAUGUUUGAUUCAUAAGUGAUGCAGUAAGGGGAAAUAAGACAUCAAAAUCCACAGCUACAACACAAGGCGUGCAAACACCUUUUGCCUACAAUUACAUAGGACAUUUAUAUUUGUCAGUUUUACCGUUUUUUACAUACGCUCAUGUAAAAUGGUUUUAUGGCCAAUCAGAGUGCGUGUACUAUUUGAAUUAUUUUAUAAUGUAGACUAUUGUAUUGCUUCACAUUGAAAGAAAAGUCUUAUAUGAAUGAAAAAUUCUUUAAAAUUUAAUUUGGUGUUUCCAAUUUUUUUUAGAGUGAUCUUCCAGCAACAGUGAGAGUUGUUCAGGAACGCAUGCUUGAUGUCCUCAAAGAGACAAUUAAAGAUAAAGCAAAGGAAGACAAACAGAGAAGGAUUGAGAAAAGAUCUAAAAAAGUCAAAUUCUUUGGUUGGUGAUUCUGACACCUUUAUUGUAUGUAAAUUUGAGGUUUAGCUGCAUAAUGAAGUAAAUUUUGAGAAAAAAUCAUGAGGAGAAAAGAAAAUGCAUUAUUUUGCACAAACCAAAGAAAAAAAAAGUGUGUGCUUGAGCCAAGGAGGAGCUUAUGUAGUUUCUGUAGCAUCAAGGGAUCAAUAUCAGUAUCUGGGCAACUGCCCACCUACCCCUCCCCUAACUCAACAACAGUCAAUUGAUAACAAGUUAGGGUUAAUGUUGGGUUAGGGGAGUGGUAGGUGGGCAGUUGCCCAGAUACUGAUAUUGAUCUGUAUGAAGAGACUAGAAGUAUAACUACUCCCCCCCCUGGAUGGGAUGCUGGUCCAUUGCAAGGUUUCCCCUCAGCAUUUCACCGGACUUAUCUGAUAGUCGGCUGGUACCCAUAUAUACUCCUGGGUGAGGAGAAAAAAUGUGAAAGCAAAUUGUUUUGCUCCAGGGACACAACAGAAUGACCUCGUCAGUGCUCGACCUGGAGUCCAGUGCACUAAUUAUAAGGCCCCUGCAUCUCCCUCCAAACAGAAACCAAUUAAAGUAGAAGUCUUUAUUUAUUUUAACAUCAUAGAUGUAAGUUUCCACCCUUUCUAUCCAUGAAUAAAGGGGGUCUAAAGAAACUCUGGUGUUGUGUCAGUGGGAGAGUAUAGCAGGUAAUUUAGUGUUAACAACUGAGUUGAAUUUUAAAGCCAAUUUAUGUUUUCAAUUCAGUUGGUAACACUUCAUUACCCUCUAUCCAUGGUUUACACUUUAUAUCCAAAUUAAGUAAAAGAUCCUACUAGUAAUAUUUUUGUUUUCAGACUAAAAAAAAUUAAAUUUUCUUGUUUUUUCUUUCUCUUUUCAGAGAAAAAAAAGAUCUUUAGAAGAUUCAAAUCUUGUAUGAAAGAGCUCAGUGAUGCAGAGGAUAUUGAGACAAGGUUAGUCAGAGCAAAUGGCAAAGGAACAACACUCAAAAAUUCAGCUUUGAAACUCUUUACAAUACCAAAGUUUCCCUGUUAUACACAAUAACACAUUACUCCACUGUUCACUUCAGAGUUAAGACACAAUGGUAAAAAAGAAAUGCCUAUGUAUUUCGAAAGUAAGGGGUGAAGAAGUUAUUACAACUCUGUUCUAUGCAUAAAUGUUAGUUUUUGUAUAAUAUACAUGUUUUUAUUUAAUCUAAAUUUUUGUAGAAAUUCUGCACUGAAAGAACUUGAGGAGAUCAAGCAGCAGUGGAAUUAUGUUCAAGUAAGCAAAGGGUGGUGUCUGAUAAAAUUUGUCUCAAAAAUGUUUUAAUUUUGUCCUAGUUUCCUCUUGAAUUGGUUUUGGUUUUGUUUUUGGCAGUGUUAAAUUUGAGUUCAGGAGUUAAGCACCUGGUGUAACCUAUGACUCCCAAGAGUACCUAGAACAAUUGUUUGUGUAAAAACCACGCAGAAAUUGAAAAAAAUCAGUUUAUUUCCGUCAAUAUACCAAAGAAUGGUCAGAAAUUAUUGAUAAAUUUGGCUGUUCAAAAUUGAACAAUACAUGCCAAUCACUUCUCAACCAGCCAAUCAACAUGGAUAAAAAAACACUAUACACCUGUGUGGUAUAUACUAACAUUGUCUUUUCUUGGGGGCUGUCCAAGAUCAUGUUACCAUCAUGUUAAUGAACCACAUUUCAGUGUCAUUUUUUCUUCUUGUCAAAGUGGUGUUAUUGUAAUUUGAAAAUAAUCUUUUGCUCAAUUAACACUGUUUUAUCUUCUCUUAGCAUUUUCCAGGAAACACAAAGUAUAUUUCAUUAUUUCCAUUGACAUCCCAUACUAAUGCAGAAAUUGUUGCAAAACAAGGUACAGUUAUCUAUGAUUUAGUUACAUAUUGGGAUAAUGUUUACUAUAUCAGUGUGGAAAAAGCUGCAGAAAAAUCCUGGAAUUUAUAUGUUCAAAAGAAUACAUAUCCCUCUGGAACAAACAUGAACCUAGCUCACAAGAAUGACUUUGGCAAAACCAGCCCAGAAUUAUCACAACAACCAAUCAGAUUAAGGGAAAAUAUCACAAGGUGCCAAUGAGAAUGCAAAUUAACAACAAGCAAAUUGCUUGGAACACAGAAAAACACAAGAGAGUGUUUUAGUUUUGUAUCUCUUCAGUUGAGAGAGGGGCACAAUUUUUAUGUACAAACCACCGAGCAGAGUAAAGUAAAACAAGUGCUAUCAUAGCUUUUUUUACCCUGAUUCAAGUUUGAUCCACAUAAAAUUCAACCUUAGUUGAUUUUAUUUCUAUGCAAUUUGCAGAAAAAAUCCAGGAAACUAUUGCAAAGAAGGUGGAAGCUGGUGAGUUGGGGGAUGCAUCCAGUACAAUUUGGAAAAUGGGCAAAGCAUCUCAAAGAGCAAAAAAGGAAAAACCUAAUGUGGUAUUGAGUGAUGAAGAAUUUGGACGAGCUGCGACAAAAAGAGGCAGUGAAGAUGGUGAGGAACAAUUUGUUGUGUUAAUAAUGAUGGUUGCCAUGGGAGAUGUGGCGCUCCUUUAAUUAUGGACCCUAAGCAGUCAGGACGGUGAUGCUAAGGAAAAUGUUGAAUCAAGAAAUGAACUUUCAUUUUUGUGUAGAAUUUCGGCAAUGGCUCCAUGAGGUCAUCCUCUAUACCAGUGCCAGACCUCAUUGGGGUAGAGGGGGUUAGUUUCUGCAGAAACUGUGGAGCUGCGUCGGUGGGAGAGUAUAACAUGGUAAUUUAGUAUUAUCAACUGAGUUGAUUAGGUAAAUUGGCCACCAUAAAGAGUUUAAAAGCGGACGUUUCGAGCAUUAGUCCUUUGUCAAUUGCUUUCAUGAAGGGCUAAUGCUUGAAACGUCAGCUUUUAAACUCUUUACGGUGGCCAAUUUACGUAAUCAACUCAGUUGAUAAUACUUAACCCUUUAACUCCCACGAGUGACCAAGACGGAAUUUCUCCUUACUAUAUCAAUACAAUAUCAACCAGAUAAGUGGUGAGAAUAAAGAAAAAUAUCAAUUUGAAGAUAAGUUGAUCUAAUACUAAAUUCUCUGAACUAACAUUAUAAGAAUUGUAUGGUUGACAGUAAGGAGAAUUACAAAUUUGAUCUGGGAGUUAAAGGUUUAAUUACCCUCUCAUCAGGGUAGGCAGUGUUGAGUUCCAAACGCAACUGCCAAUAGAUACAUUAAGUUUUAAACUGCACAUGCAGAGCCAUAGCUCUCCGCAUUGCAAAUUAAAAACGACUGGCUAGAGGAGAAUCGCAAGUCUCCACUUUUAUCUUGAUUAUUCCCAGGUUUCUUAACUUCUGUGAGCACUUUGUAUAUAUUUAGUUGGAAAACCCUUAAACCUACAAAACCUCCCAAGCAAGGAUAUUUUAUACUCAAGCGCUCUCCCACUUAACUAUCUACAACUCUGGGUGGAGAGGGGCCUGGUGAGAGUUUAGUGUCUUGUCACAAGGACACAACACGAUGACUUGGGCAGUUUUCGAAUCCAGACCUCUACAUCUGCGGUUCAGCGCGUAGACAACUAAGUGUUUUGGCAAAUGUGAUGAAACAUACUGAUAUGGUGAAUGUUUGUGCGUGUUCUUUUAGAAUAGAUAAUGAGUUCUUUCCUAAGGGAAGAGCGUUUUCGGAAACCAUUUUUAAUAAUUUUUCUGCUUGUCAUGUUUGAUAGAAUCUGGAGAUCAGGAACUACCGCUAAAAGUCGACCAUGAAGAGGAUGACUUCUUUAUGGAUUCAAGUCCAAGCCCAGGUAAGUAAUGAAGAUGUAGUAGCGGCGGAGGCAAAACGAGAUGGGGGUUUGGGUCGGGUCGAAAAAAAGAGGAGAGAAAUAUGGGUCCGUUGGGUUCCUUAAGCGACUCGUCCUAAGCCUCCCUCCUUCCUUCCUUCGACCCGACCCAAACCUCUCGCUUUUUUUCGCUCUGCCGCUAUUACAGUGCACAGUUUGACUAACGGAACGACUGGGACAGGCUCGGUUAUCACUGGUUGUAGAAUCACGCGUGAAAAAUUGGAAGAGAAAAAAAUUAAUGUAAUUUGUGCGAUAUUCACACGCAUAUUUUGUGCGUGCAGAUAUCCUUUCCAUUCCUCAGAACUGGUCUGUUGACUGUGUUGUCCAUAAAUAGAACAGAUAAGCUCUGAAAACUCACGGGACUAGUCAUAGGCUGAACUGGUACUGGAAUUCAGGUUCAUGGACUACUUGUGAAACACGCGAGAGUUUUCGGCGCCAAAUGCCCAGUCUAGAAGGACCACUAGUGAAAUUAAUUUUGACUGUAAAAGCAUACAAGACUAUGCAACUUACACGCACUACCUCGCGAGGACUACUCGCAAAAUUUGCCAGAGUCUUAGUCGUUGUAUGCUGCAGACAGUGGUGGUAACGAUUCCCAUUCGUUUUGACUCUGGUAACACGCGAGGCAGCGUAACUUGCACGCGUGUCUACGCGAGGAGUACACUUCACCGGUUUGGGCAAGUUUUUUUAACUCCGGCCAAACAAGCUCUCUCAGUACAAUUAGGCUCAGAAAUUAUGGCGUAUGUUGUCAUACCAUUGUUUUUUUUUAUCUUUAUGCAGUAAAAAAAGAGGUGAAAAAGGAGAAGAAGAAGAAGUCGUCAAAGAAACUAAAAAGAUCCCAGUUUAAAAUCGAGAAGAAAUAAUUUUUUUUCUCAAACCGCUACUCGUUUCUAAGAGGAUGUCUUUCAGGUACAUACUGCAGCUAAUGUUUUCGUAAAAUUAUUGUUAAAAAGAGAACUGAUUACAAAAUCAGAGAUAGUAUUGAAUUACGUCAGCUUAAAUAUAUUUUCGUAUGUUUCCUCAGAAGUAGUAAAGCGUAAAUAGUGUGAGUUUAUUUAUUAAUGACAUCGAUGUUGUCGAAAUUUCCAAAAAUAUUUAUAAAAACCUCAACUACACUUUUGUUGGUAAGAAAUAUAUUCUAUUUUCCUUCACAUUGUAUGUGAUAUAAAAUAAACGACGUUUUCGGUACGUGACGUGAAUUUUUUUCAUUGAGAAGCUACAAAGAGGUAAUACCUGUUUUCAUAACCAUUACGGUUUCCUCAAAUGUGAUUGGUGAAUUAGCUGCUUUAUUUUCCACUAAUCAUUCUGUAGAGUUGUAAUCGGUCAGUGUAAAGAGACAGUUGGCUGUAAUGGGACACCUGUCAUUGGACAGUUGAAGCAGCUAACCAUACCUAGUCCACUCAGCUAAAUCCGCUAAUCUCAGAAUUUAUCACAAUAACCAUGGCAACAACCACUUAUCCUGAAAAAAAACUGUGUAAUUUCCAAAAUUGAGGAAUUUUUUACCAUAGACAUCGUCUCUUCUGGAUAUGUUUAUCCUAAAUGUAUUUUUUUUAUAGGAAAUUGCAAC